UACCAGUGGCUAGAAGCAGAUCUUCAUGGCAAGAGCCACGAUGCUGCGAACAGAACCACAGGGGAAAACUUUGACCAGAGUCCCUUGAGAAGAACGUUCAAGUCCAAAGUUCUGGCCCACUACCCUCAGAAUAUAGAGUGGAACCCUUUCGAUCAAGAUGCCGUCAACAUGCUGUGCAUGCCGAAAGGCCUCUCCUUCCGGACCCAGGCGGACAACCGCGACGUCCAGUUCCACUCGUUCCUCAUCACCCGGGAGGACGGGUCGCGCACCUACGGCUUCGUGCUGACCUUCUACGAAGAGGUGACCAGCAAGCAGAUCCGCGCGGCCAUGCAGACCCUCUACCAGAUGCACGACGCCGAGCGCGGAGGCGGGGGCUCCUACGCCUCGCCCCGCGGCGCGGGCAGCCCCGACGGGGACGACGCCAGCUCCCCGGCUCGGCUCGGGGGGAACGGCUCGUACGACGUGGGCCGGGACACCCUCUACGUCUCCAAGAGCAUCUGCCUGAUCGUGCCGCUGCCCUUCAUGCGGGCCUGCAGGAAGUUCCUCGGCCAGCUCUACCGGGCCGUGGCCUCCCGCCAGCCCCCGCCCCUGCCCCUGGAGAGCUACAUCCACAACGUGCUGUACGAGGUGCCCCUCCCGCCUCCCGGGCGGUCCCUGAAAUUCUACGGGGUGUACGAGCCCAUCGUCUGCCAGAGGCCCGGCCCCGGAGAGCUGCCGCUGUCGGACUACCCGCUGCGGGACACCUUCGAGCUCCUGGGCCUGGAGAACCUGGUGCAGGUGUUCACCUGCGUCCUGCUGGAGAUGCAGAUUCUGCUCUAUUCCCAAGAUUACCAGCGGCUGAUGACCGUGGCCGAAGGGAUCACCACGCUUCUCUUCCCUUUCCAAUGGCAGCACGUCUACGUGCCCAUCCUGCCCGCCUCUCUCCUCCAUUUCCUCGACGCCCCCGUCCCUUACCUCAUGGGUCUACAGUCUAAAGAAGGCGCGGACCGAUCCAAACUGGAACUUCCCCAAGAGGCCAACCUGUGCUUCGUGGACAUCGAUCACCAUUUUAUCGAGCUGCCCGAAGAAUUCCCGCAGUUCCCUAACAAGCUGGAAUUCAUCCAGGAGAUCUCCGAGGUUCUCCUUCAGUUCGGGAUCCCUCCCGAGGGCAACCUCCACUGCAGCGACAGCGCCGCCAAACUCAAGAACUUGGUCCUGAACGACCUGGUCAUCGACAAAAAGAACGGCAACGUGUCCCCCCACACCCUCAGCGUGUACGAGCUCCUGAAGGGGAACGAGACCAUGGCCCGCCUCCAGGCGCUCGCCAAGAGGACCGGAGUGAGCGUGGACAAAAUGGCCCUCGCCUCCCCCCUGGCCGAGAAGGAAAACGAUUUCAAGCUGCAGUGCGAAGAGUCGGAACUAAGGGACUAUAAACUCAACAUUCAGCUCCGAGAGGUCUUCGCCAACCGCUUCACCCAGAUGUUCGCCGACUACGAGGCCUUCGUCAUCCAGACGGCGCAAGACAUGGAAUCGUGGCUGACCAACCGGGAACAAAUGCAGAACUUUGACAAAGCUUCCUUCCUGUCCGACCAGCCCGAGCCUUACCUUCCGUUCUUAUCGCACUUCAUCGAGACCCAGAUGUUCGCCACCUUCAUCGAUAAUAAGAUCAUGUCACAGUGGGAGGAGAAAGACCCCCUGCUUCGAGUUUUUGACUCCCGCAUCGAGAAGAUCAGACUGUAUAACGUAAGGGCUCCUGCCUUGCGGACUUCUAUCUAUCAGAAAUGCAGCACUUUAAAGGAAGCAGGUCAGUCGAUUGAGCAGCGGCUGAGGAAGAUGGAUCACACUGCCAUCCACCCUCAUUUGCUUGACAUGAAGAUCGGUCAAGGCAAAUACGAGCAGGGGUUCUUCCCCAAAUUGCAGUCGGAUGUCCUGGCGACGGGACCGACUAAUAAUAAUCGCUGGGUGAGCCGGAAUGCCACCGCUCAACGGAGAAAAGAUCGUCUCCGCCAACACUCGGAGCAUAUCGGAUUAGACAACGACCUGAGGGAGAAAUAUAUGCAGGAGGCGAGAAGUUUGGGAAAAAAUCUGAGGCAACCGAAGUUGUCAGACCUUUCUCCAGCUGUAAUUGCCCAAACCAACUGCAAAUUCGUGGAGGGUUUACUGAAAGAAUGCAGAAUGAAGACGAAACGCAUGUUGGUGGAGAAGAUGGGCCAUGAAGCAGUGGAGCUUGGCCAUGGGGAAGCCAAUAUCACAGGCCUGGAGGAGAACACCUUAAUCGCCAGUCUCUGUGAUCUUCUGGAAAGGAUAUGGAGCCACGGCUUGCAAGUCAAACAGGGGAAGUCUGCCUUGUGGUCACAUUUAAUUCAAUACCAGGACAGAGAAGAGAAGCAAGAACACCUUGCUGAAUCUCCAGUUGCCUUGGGCCCAGAAAGAAGAAAGUCUGACUCUGGCAUUAUGUUUCCAACCUUCAGGGUCAAUCUUAUCCAAGACAUGAGGCACAUUCAGAACAUGAGCGAGAUCAAGACGGAUGUGGGGCGAGCCCGAGCUUGGAUCCGUUUGUCUCUCGAGAAGAAACUUUUGUCUCAGCACCUUAAGCAGCUUCUUUCCAACCAGCCACUCACCAAGAAACUCUAUAAGCGUUACGCUUUCUUGCGAUGUGAAGAAGAACGAGAGCAGUUCCUUUUUCACCUCCUUUCGCUCAAUGCCGUGGAUUAUUUCUGCUUCACCAGUGUCUUCACUACUAUCAUGAUCCCAUACAGAUCAGUCAUCAUCCCAAUCAAAAAACUGAGCAACGCCAUCAUCACCUCCAACCCGUGGAUUUGUGUCUCGGGGGAACUGGGAGAUACGGGAAUAAUGCAGAUUCCAAAGAACCUUCUGGAAAUGACCUUUGAGUGUCAGAAUUUGGGCAAGCUGACAACGGUGCAGAUCGGCCACGAUAAUUCAGGACUAUUAGCCAAGUGGCUUGUCGACUGCGUCAUGGUCCGAAACGAAAUCACUGGACACACGUACAAAUUCCCGUGCGGGCGCUGGCUCGGGAAGGGAGUGGACGACGGGAGCCUGGAGCGCAUCCUCAUCGGGGAGCUGGUCCCGUCGCCGUCCAGCGAGGAUCUGGGGAAACAGUGCCGGACACCGCCCCAACAGACGUCGCCCACUCUGGCCCGCAGGCUAAGCCUCACCUCUCUCACCGGGAAAGCGGCCAAACCCAAUGCCGGUCAAAUCCAAGAGGGAAUUGGGGAAGCUGUGAACAAUAUCGUGAAGCAUUUCCACAAACCCGAGAAAGAGAGAGGGAGCCUGACCGUAUUGCUUUGUGGAGAAAAUGGUCUGGUGGCCGCCUUAGAGCAAGUUUUCCAUCAUGGCUUCCGAUCCACCCGGAUCUUUCACAAGAAUGUGUUCAUUUGGGACUUUAUAGAGAAAGCUGUGGCUUAUUUUGAGGCCACCGACCAAACCGGAGAUAACGAAGAUGACGUCCUGAUUCAGAAAUCCUGCUGCAAGACCUUCUGCCACUAUGUGAAUGCUAUUAAUACCGCCCCUCGGAACAUCGGGAAGGAUGGAAAAUUCCAGAUUCUGAUUUGCCUUGGGACAAGGGAUCACUUGCUCCCCCAGUGGAUUCCGCUCCUGGCCGAGUGUCCCGCCAUUACAAGGAUGUAUGAGGAGACAGCCCUCCUUCGGGACCACAUGACCGUCAACUCCCUCAUCCGUGUCCUGAAGACGUUACAGGACUUCAACGUCGUCUUGGAAGGGUCCCUCGUUAAAGGAGUGGAUGUGUAGCCAAGCUUUGCGGGGGACUCUGGUGCAUUGCCUCUUUCCCCUCGUUCCCCCCCUUUCUCCGGUUCAAAACGCCCCCUUCCCACCCUCUCUCCCCCCUUUAGGGCCUUUGGGCUGUGGAAGUUAGUCCCCCCCUAAAAGGCGGCCCCGCUGAGAUCUCCAGGCGAGGACCGGGCCGGGGCAGGGGCUCUUUUACGUCCCCGACUAUAAACUGUCCUGAAGCUACAGGCAGGGUGAAUUGCAGUAUUGUAGUUCAUUUGAACCUGAGAUUUAGUAUGAAAUAGAGUAUUUUCGUGUGUUAGAUGUGUGUAAAUAUACUCUCUUCUUUAAGAAAUUAUAUUACUCUAAUAAGAAACUUUUUCUUAGACUGAAUGUUCUUGUGGCUGAAAAUAAGUAGCUUCAAAAAGCCAGGGAAGAGGGGCGGGAGGAGGGAGGUAAGAGAGUAACUCUUGUCAGGAAGAAGCCAGUAACUGUGUAAAUAGAGGGCAACCCCUUUAGGGCUUUUUUCUGAAACACCGCAGGUAUCACUAUGUAGCCAUUACCGGGCUCGAAACCCAGCCUUGGGAAUGUGGGGAAUGUAAUCACUUUGCCCACUGUACGCCCGUUUCCUUUUUUCGAUUUUGAAAGUCAUACACUGUCCCACUGUCCCACUUGAGCUGCCUGCCACGUUUCAGAUCUGUGGGACCGCUUUCACAGCCCAGCACGAGAGGGAGAGUUGGUGGAAACGUCCGGAGCGCUGGACGCGGGGAGGUCUGACGAGGACUCUCGCUGACUUGACUCCCCGUCGCGUCGUUCCAACUCGGCCACCCGCUAGUCCGUGCCGCUCCCCUGCCUGACUUCGCUCAGUUGAUGUUUGCGUUUGGGUUAUUUCAGAAACUUGGGGAAGAGGGGGCUUUCGUGACGCUCUCCCUGUUUUCAUAGCUUCCAAGGAUGCCACAGAUAGAGUCUCUGUGGGGCCACAUGAGAGUUGUUGAGGGCAGACACGGAGCAUCGGCCUCCCUGGGCUUUGGAAUUGGAUCGCAUCGAGAAUUAGAAUAAUUAUGGUAUUUGUUAAGCUCUUACCAUGUGCGAAACACUGUUCUAAGCGCUGAAGGGGAAGGAAAAGGAAAGGUUUUUAAGGAGUAAAGAUCCCGGAUGGCUCACGAUCGCAGUUGGUCUGAGCGUUUGCUUCCCACCGGGGUGGUUGUCCAGAGGCAGAUGGAGCGUACUGGGCCAAUCUGAGACAAAUUUUGGGUCACCUGGUUAAUUAUUUGGAAAUAGUAUUAUUUAAUGCACUGUUGAUAGCCAGCCUGCCUAACAGGAGGCAAGUUUGGGAGUCUCCUAGUGCCGGGCCUGAAACAAUAUGUGCAUCGGUUCUUUUUUCCUUCUUCAAAAUCUCCUGUAAAGGUAACAUUCAGCCUGUACAGGUAAAUGGCUAGCUGGGCCUCUUCGGUCAUUUCUAGGCCUUGAAGAUCUGAGUUCCCAAAGUUGCCAAGGGGAGAAAGGGCUGUUGGGUGUUAGCAAGGACCCACAGUCCUCCGCAAACCCCCACCUUCCCGCCUCCUCCCGGACCCCACUAAUAGUGAAAUUGUUCUGAUUUCUAGGCGAGCUGACCUAUACCUCAAUCUCAUCCUUCCCUCUAAAUCUUAAACUGGAACACUUCACAAUUCAUCGGGCCACAUUUAAAAUGGACUUUUGGGGAGACCUGUUAUAACUUUCAUUCACUUGAUCACAUUUAUUGAGCACUUACUGUGUGCAGAGCACUGUACUAAGCGCUUGGGGGAAUAACUUGGCCACUCUGAGUAAAGUUUUGUGUGAUUGUAUGUGUAUGUGUGUGAGAGAGAGAGAAAGCGAGAGAGAGUCUAGGAUUGGGCGAUUUGAUAAGCAGAGUUCUCUUAGGAAAUGUCAAGGUGGAUUUGGAAACUUGGAAAGGCUUGAAACUUUUAUGACACCGAAAAUAACUAGAAAAGAAAAGAUGAAGUAAAGGAAUGCUUGUUUGUUUUGUUUUUUCUUUUCAUAAAGCAGUGAGAGGGACUUGGGUUUUCAAUCGUCAGGGCGGAUAGGAAAGGGGAAGAAAAGUAUGUGCUAUUUGAGCUGUGAAAAUUUGCGGAAUGAAGGUUUCCAUGGUGCCACCGGGAUUCUGAGCCAGGGUUCACUGACUGACUGAGGUGGGAUGAUUGAAGUGUGGCUCAGUGGAAAGAGCCCGGGCUUUGGAGUC